AUGGCGACAGCACCAGCAGCUUCAGCGCAGGCCGGCCUCCUUCUGGGUGGUAAGUUCGGCAAGGAGGGAGAAAAUACCCCUCCAGCUCCUGGAGCGAUACUUGCGAAUACAAUCACCCUGCCGGAUGGCUUCACCUGCGUCUCGCCGGAUGACAUGUACCGUAUCAACGAGUUGGCUCCCGGUCGUCGUGAGCCCAGAUUCCCAGGGAUCCAUAAUCUCUCCGAGUCUGUCAUCUCACGAACGGUUCAUCCCCCUCCAUUCCAAGGAGAGGAGUCAAAGCGUCGAGCCCAGAUCUGGGACACCACGGCGAGGGCUGUGCGGGAGGCUCUCGCCGGUAUUCCUGCUGGAUCUCAUAUCAACAUCUGUGCUAACAGUGGACCUCCAAACGACAAGUUGGAAAAACAGGCCCCCUGGGCUGCGGUCCCCGGCGCCGCCAUGGGCCUGCUCCUGGUGGCCCAGUUCCGCGACACCAUCCACCCAGGCUGGCAGCAGAUCGCAGUACCCAUCCAGCACAACGAGGGCCGCCUCCUAGCCGGCCUCCGCCUCCUCCCCGCGGUCACAGGCCGGCGCGACCUGACCUUCAUCCUGACGAACCUGACUCACCCGACCAUCCCCGCGCACCAGAUGAACACCGUCCGCGACCACCCGUUCCUAACGUACGGCGCGCUGGCCAACUCGUGGAAGGCGACCAACUUUGGCUGCUGGUUCCACCACGGCUGUGUCUUCGAGGGCGAGGCCGAUGCCAUCCGCGCCUCCUUUGCCUGGGACGGGGAUUUGUAUGGCUGGGACGAGGCCGUUGCCUACACGCGCAGGCCGGUCGUCAUCGUCACGGGCGCCAAGCCGCUGCGCCGGUUCGACUACUGGCAGCCUGCGACGGUGUAUCGCGGCGUCACGUGGCUGCAGAUGGUGGAUGGGGUGCUGUGUGGCGGAUACCAGGAGAUGACCACGAGGGCGCAUGUUGUUGCGUGGGACAAGACUGGGAUCCCAGGUGGUCCGCUGACGGGAAUGCUACCUAUGAGUAGCGGUGGCGCGGUGAAUGCCAUUAAUGGGGGAUUCGAUGGAUGUGGCACAAGCUUCACCAAUGGGAGCAGCAAUGUGAAUGGUAAUGCAGCCUGGUGA